AUGUGCACAAACCCCAUCCUCCCCGGCUUCAACCCCGACCCUUCAAUCAUCCGUGUCAACGAAGACUUCUUCCUCGUCAGCUCCUCUUUCGAAUACUUCCCCGGGGCGCCAAUCUACCACAGCACCGAUCUCAUACAAUGGACGCUGAUCGGCCACGCCCUAACGCGGCCUAGCCAGCUGCAGAUCCACACCCCGGAGCCUGGGGGCGGCAUCUGGGCCACCACGCUGCGAUACCACAAGGACACGUUCUAUAUCACAGCCGCUAAGUUCGAUCGGUAUCGUCCGCAGGACGACGAUCGGGUCUGGCCGAGGGGGUUUUAUGUAUCGACGACCGAUAUAUGGGACUCGGCGUCGUGGUCGGACCCGGUGUAUUUUGAUCAGGUGGGGUUUGAUCAGGAUCUUUUCUGGGACGACGACGACACUGUCUAUCUCUCAUCAACCUAUCGCAAGUUGGCCCGCACGCCCGGCGCAAAUCUCAAAGACUUCGCCAUACACAUCUCCACCGUCGACCUAGCCACCGGCCGCUCAACCUCUGAACCAAAGCUGAUCCGCGAAUCCGCCUCCGGUGUAGCUGAAGGCUCGCACAUAUUCAAGCGAGGCAAGUAUUACUACCUCUUUACGGCGGAGGGCGGGACAGAAAGCGGCCACUGCGAAUGGGUCUGCCGCAGCAAGACCUCGCCGUUUGGGCCGUGGGAGGACGGGCCCAGCAAUCCGCUCUGGCGAAAUGGGGUGACCGAUGAGGUUCAGAAUACGGGACAUGCGGAUAUGGUGGAAGAUGCGCAGGGACGGUGGUGGGCUGUUUUGCUGGGGGUACGUCCUGUUCGGAGGGGGGAUCAAUGGGAGGAAUCUGUGUUGGGUGAGUCAACUCCAUCCUCUAUACAUAAUAUUGAAUCAUCCACGUCCUCCUCCCAAUUAACCAAAAAAGGCCGCGAAACAUUCCUCAUUCCCGUCGAAUGGUCCAACGACUGGCCUAUAUUUAAUGGAGGCCAAAAGAUCUCCCUCACAAACACCACACCCCAUCUCCACCAAGUCAACCCCCCGCCCCCACCCACCUGGCGCGACAAUUUCGACACACCCACCCUCCAACUCGGCUGGUACAGAAAGAACACGCCCAUCUGCACAGCAGAGUAUUCACUCACCGAACGACCAGGCCACCUCCGCCUCCACGGCGGGCCAUACAAUCUCUCCGUGCCCGCCAGCCCGACCCUCUUCCUCCGCAAACAGACUCACCGCAUGUGCACCUGGACGACCAGCCUUUCUUUUCAUCCUACCUCUUCUAGUACUGAAGCAGGUACCGUCCUCUGGUGGAACUACUUUACCUAUAGUAGCUUGGGAAUCCGCCGUGCAGCAGACGGGCGGCGCAUCGUGCGGUUGCGCCCUGCUGACGGCCAGCAUAUUGACCGUGUCUUGGAGGGAACAAGCGAAGGAGGAAACGUGCAACUCAUAAUCGAAUGCGGUGACCACUACCGCUUCGGAUUCCGAGAAGAAAGUCCAGACGCCCACCGAGGCCCCGAGGCCCCGAUCAACUGGAUCGGCGAGGUCUCGAACACCGCCAUGACAGUCUCCCCUCCUGUUGGGAUGGCCUUCACGGGCAUGAUGCUCGGGCUGUACGCUUUUGGCGAGAGACAGCCGUGCUUGGUUCCUGCUGAUUUUGAGUAUGCGGAGAUGCGAUGAUCUAGACUUGCUGAUGGCCGGUUAAUGGCUGGUUGAAGGGGGCUGUCCAAUCGAGGUUACCGAGAUUGUAUGUUCUGGGACUGAACACUGUAGGUAUGUAGGUAUGUAACGAGGCUGCUGGACAGGUUGAAAC